AUGACUUGCUCAUACGGCACAGAAAACAACACCAACUCCGGAACACCGGUGGCAACGCUGACUUCCGAUAACAACACUCUGACUGUCGAAUGUGGCUUCGAAGGUCAACUGCAGCCUAGCCCGGAAUCACCUCUCACUGCCCUCCUCUGCGACGCAGAGGACUGUACGGCGGUAGUGAACGUGACUGACGUGUUACUCAACUUCGACGAGACGUGGCUAGCAGUGGACAAGGAAACUGGCGCCGCUAAGCUCGUGGUCCCCAAGGGAGGUUUCCCAGAAAAGAACAAGACAAUUAUGUUGGGAUGCAGCCUCAAGAACACACCAUCUGGUUCACGGAAGGACCCUGAUACUACAACUGUUGAAAAAACCCACUUUUAA